AUGUAUUAGGGGUUCAGAGCGCCAACAGACUUCCUAACUAACACGACUGAUUGUUCUAUCUCCCGGUCUAUUUGAAGUCACUAUUUUCAUCUUUUACUCCAUCUUUUUUUUUUUUUCUUCAUUUAUCUAUCCUUGCUUUUCUUCCUUCCAAAUCGAACCACCCCUUAAAUCUCGAAUCCGUGUCUUUAUACGAUUCUGCUCUCCAUCCAAGCGUACAUCCGUCCUCCGUCGGUCCACGCGGCUGAAAAGUAUGGUGGUACAUUGCGCCGUGCUGCCACCCUCAUGUCCACCGACAUGUCCGCCCUGUCCAUGAGGAAGAACAAGUCGUUUGCGCGGAGCUGCAAGCCCAGCACCAGGAUAUGUACUCGGGAACACAGGGACGUCAUAACCAUGUCAUCUCUGGAGAUGUGCUGGCCGGUGCCGAUGCGAGCCAUCGGGGCUCAGAACCUCCUCACCAUGCCGGGAGGAGUUUCCACUUCAGGAUACCUCCACAAGAAGGGAGGCAGCCAGUUCAGCCUGUUGAAAUGGCCACUGAGGUACAUCAUCAUCCAUAAGGGCUGCGUUUACUACUUUAAGAGCAGUACCUCUCCUGCACCACAGGGGGCGUUCUCUCUCAACGGCUACAACAGAGUGAUGAGAGCAGCAGAGGAGACAACGUCCAGUAAUGUCUUUCCUUUUAAGAUCGUCCACUUCAGUAAGAAACACAGGACGUGGUUUUUCUCUGCAGCCAGCGAGGACGAGAGGAGGAAAUGGAUGCGAUACCUGCGAAGGGAGAUAGAUCACUAUAACGACAGAAAAGAUCCCCAGAUUUCAAGUGACUCAGAGUCAGAUGCCGACAGUUUCUAUGGCUCCAUUGAGAAGCCCAUGGAUAUUAAGCACCCCUUCAAUAACGCAGAAGACGAUUACGGGGAGGAUGAUGACGACGAUGACGAUGAGCCAGACUAUUUGAAGCCAGACGGCGACUGUUCGCCGACAUCGACAGGUCGACCCGCGGGGCCGCCCCCCACCUACCCCCCUCCCCCAGUGCCGGCAGCAUCCCAGCUCCGUCAAGACUCCAGUCCAGGUUUCCACAAAGGCCCGCCUCCUGCCGUCCCACCUCUACACAGAAUCCCGACCAGCCCGCUCCCCAAAAAACCCCCGCCCUGUGUCCCCCCUCCCUCCAUACUGAAGGACCCCAACAAAGGACCACCCCCUCCCCUGCCCUUUGCCCCCCACCUGCACAGGUCCAUUUCCCCCACCCCGCCGCCUCCUCCUCCCCCCAACGCAAAGAAAACUCUUCAAGGCCGGGUGGCAUCAGCGGGGGGGCCUGGGAACGAUAAGAGAGACUGGAGGCCUGUGCCGGCCUUAUCGGUCCAGACCCCCGCAACUCUGCCCAUCUGUGACCAAUUAGAGAGCAGGAUGGUCCUAAAUGGUCCCGCCCACCGCUCCCUUAAUGCUUUGGGGAGCCAAUCAAUGGGCAGCAACCACCACUGGGAGACGAGCAACCACCGCAGCAAGCCGAGCCUACCUCCUCAGUUAAACGUUGGAGGGGCUAACCUCAGACCUGUGAUGUCAGACGCCCCGUCACACAAUAAGCCGCCCCCCGGUCACCCGCCACUGCCUGGUCACCCUCCACUCUCUCCUCUACUUAAAGCUGGACUACUAAAUAAGCCGCCGGUACCUAAACCUCCUCUGCCAACAUUGAAACCCCCGCUGCCUGCAGCCAAGUCCAAGCAGUCGGGCACACCACUUCAAAGAGCAUCUCCAGACGGCCAGAGCUUCCGUUCGCUGGGAGACGAGACGCCCACAGAGUUCAGGAGGAAACGAGACUCGUCCAAACACAGCGGAGGAGACGACUCCGACGAGGACUACGAGAACAUGCAGCUGCCAGACUCCGUGUUCAUUGAUACGACUGAAUCCAGCUUCGUGGAAAAGUUGUUCAGAGAGAGCCCCGUCCCUCCACAGGAUGGACUGUACGCCAUCAGGAACUCAGGAACCAAAACAUCAAAGGUGCUGGUGGUGUGGGAUAUCAGUAUAGCCAAAGCCAGAAACUACCGACUGUUUGAAGAGGCGGACUGUGUGUUUCUGGACAACGAAUUCACCUUCCCCACCCUGGCAGCUGUGAUCGAACACUACUACAGCCAUCCGCUUCCUCACCACGGCUCGCUCUGCCUGCAGAAGCCCUACACAAAGGGCUUCUGAUCAACACAGUCGAUCGGAAGCAGAACGCAGCGUCAGGAUGCGUCUCCGUCAACGACACGUGGAAAUAAUCUCGCUCGCGCAGACGAAAUAGCGGAUCGUACCGCUCACUGUUCAGUGGGAAAGAUCUGCGGUUGCACCAGAAUGCACAGCAAAGCUUCAGGUUAAACAGCAAGGACAGUAACUUUCUGACUGCUCGGACACCAUGGUGUUGUGUGUGCAACUUAUGUCAACUGUAAUAACAAGACGAAGAAGAAAAAAACCAUUAGCAAUUAACAGUUAAUGGAACAUUAUUUAAAGUGCUCAUAUUAUGCUUUUGGGCUUUUUACCCUUUACUUUAUUGUGUUAUAUAUAUUUUUUGUGCACGUUAUAGGUUUACAAAGUGAA